GUAUAUGUUCCUCGCUCUUCGUUUUGCGGCAUUUAACCAGUUUACCAUCGGAUACGCGCAUUGAUACUCGUUUCGGUUCCGUGAUAUCAAUUCCUUUUUUAACGUUACUUUGAAUUGAUUUCUUUUGUGACUUUUUUUUUUGAAAUGCGUAUGAACUUUUGUAAAAAUGUACCAAGGGAAACUUCACUGUAGCUUGGUCAUAACUUUAGUGAUAUCAUCGUUAAGCAGGUGUGAUGAAACGACUCAACAAUAUUUAGAAAAUGCUGUGAGAAGUUUAAAAAAUUUAAGACAACUUCAAACCUUUAAACGAGUUGAUAUACCUGAAGAUAAUUUAAAACCUUUUGAAAAUUUAAACAAUCGUAGAAGCCAACCGCAAUAUUCUGAAGGCGUACCUCCACUCUCACUGACCAAAGGAGAAUUGGCAGCAUUAUAUGAGCAAGCAGUAUCUAAAGGAGAAUCAUUGAAAUUAGAUACUGGUGACAGCGAAUAUGUUCAUGCAGUUGUUCAUCAUUUGGAUGAAGAUAAACCAGCAGAUAGUCACGUAACCUUUCCAAAGGAGCAUGAGGUAACAGAACAUGAGGCUCCAAGCGAAGAUGCAGGCUACUAUUACUAUUAUUAUCCUUUAAAAAGUUUUAUGGAUGAAUUUACUUCACAGCCUUCCGAUGAAUCGCCUGCAAGUUAUCAUAAACCUUCAUUUCAUCACAAGGAGCUAACCACAUAUAAGCCGCCAUUUACUUACCAUUCUCACCAUCACCAGCACAAUGUAACAAUCCAAGCAGCAGACCAUCAUAAAAAAGAAGCAGCAAAGCCAAUGGAACCUCUUUUUAUGGCAAUAUCAGGAUUUAUAGGGAUGGCAGUCAUGUUUGUAUUAUCGAUGAUGUUCUUUCCGAAGUAUAAACCUAAAAUAUUCAACGAUAUUAAAAAAAAGGAUAAACUUGACGAUUUCGCCCGGUUUGCUUUAAAUGCUAUCGAAGGGCAUUGUGCCGAGCGAUUUGCCUGUGAACUUACCAAGACUGCCAGGUCUUUUGAUGUGGAAGAUAAUAGAUUUUAUAAAUUGCUGAAGCGCGUGGCUCCAGGUACAUUUGGAAGAUAUAUUAAUAAUUCUCAAAAGUAUGCAAAUAAGCAGUUACAGUGCACAGCGAUACCAUGUCAAAAGAAGAAACCAAAUAAUCAAAAUAAAAAACCAAUAAACCAAAAUCAAAAGAAAAAGAAUAUUAAUAAUAAAUCGGCGAACAAGAAAAGCCGCUAAGAAAAUUCCAAGCUACCAAAGCCAUUAAUUUAGUGAUUAUUUAUUUAUUUAUUUAUUUUGUAAUUGUCUAAGUAGAAUAAAACAAAUUUCCUAGG